UGGAGCGGAUGUGUCACGCUGCAUCAGUGAACGCGUCAGUUUAACAGGAAAAACAUAGAGUUUGUAACAUCCGAAGGGUUGGGCAGGAUGAUGAAGAGCGCGAGCUGCAGGUGGUUUGAUGAAGAUUGGAAAGAAGAGGAAAAGAGCCGUUAACUUCCUCAUCUGGGAACAGGUUUCCAACGAGGGAUUUAUUUAAAUCAAACCCAGGGAGCAACAGGCGGGCGAAAUUACGCACCUUGGCUGUGAAAAUGGCUCAACUAUUUUACAAGAAAACGGACAAUUCCUCAUAUAAUGACCGCCUCCCGCUGCGGAUUGUGCGAGCGGAGGCUGAGCUCUCUCCCAUGGAGAAAGUCUACCUGGGGGCCGUCGAAAGAGGGGAUUAUGCGAGUGUAAAGCAAGCGUUGGAUGAGGCUGAGAUCUACUUCAGGAUCAACAUCAACUGCAUUGACCCCCUGGGACGCACGGCCCUUCUUAUUGCCAUUGAAAACGAGAACCUGGAGAUAAUAGAGCUCCUGCUCAGUUAUAACAUACACUUGGGAGAUGCUCUGCUGCACGCAAUACGCAAAGAAGUAGUAGGAGCAGUGGAACUGCUACUAAAUCACAAGAAACCACGUGGAGAAAAACAGAUCCCCCCUAUUCUACAGGACAGACAGUUUUCAGACUUCACUCCAGACAUCACUCCAAUAAUCCUUGCAGCUCAGACGAACAACUAUGAGAUCAUUAAACUGCUUCUGCAACGAGGUGUUUCCGUACCUCAGCCACAUGCUGUGCGCUGCAACUGUGUGGACUGCAUGUCAAACUCGGACGUGGACAGCCUGCGUAACUCACGCUCUCGUCUUAAUAUCUACAAGGCCCUCUCCAGCCCAUCUCUCAUUGCCCUCUCCAGUGAAGAUCCGUUCCUCACAGCAUUCCAGCUCAGCUGGGAGCUGAAGGAGCUCAGCACAGUGGAGAAUGAGUUCAAAUCAGAGUAUGAAGAGUUGUCCCAUAUGUGCAAACAAUUUGCAAAGGACCUUCUGGACCAGACUCGAAGCUCCAAAGAGCUGGAUAUAAUUCUGAAUUACCGAGAUAACAUCAAUCCUCUGAUGGAUGAGAACACCAAUGACCUUGCCCGCUUAAAACUGGCAAUCAAAUAUUCCCAGAAGGAGUUCGUUGCUCAACCCAACUGCCAGCAGCUUCUUGCAUCUCGGUGGUAUGAUGAAUUCCCAGGCUGGAGGAGGCGUCACUGGGCAGUGAAGCUCGUCACCUGCAUCUUCAUUGGCUUCCUCUUUCCUUUGUUUUCUAUUUUCUACUUGAUUUUUCCAAAGAGUCGCUAUGGGAAAUUCAUCCGUAAACCUUUCAUCAAGUUUAUCUGCCACACUUCGUCCUACUUGACCUUUCUCAUCCUGCUCUUCUUGGCUUCGCAGCAUAUUGACUCUGAUGACCAGGACCGUCCAGCUGCAAACUAUAAGGGCCCAAAACCCAGCUCUAUAGAAUGGAUGAUCCUGCCUUGGGUGCUUGGUUUCAUAUGGGCCGAGAUCAAACAAAUGUGGGAUAGUGGUUUAAAGGAUUACAUGGAUGAUUGGUGGAACAUAAUGGACUUCAUAAUGAACUCCUUGUAUCUUGCAACUAUUUCACUAAAAAUUGUUGCAUAUACAAAGCACAGCGGAUACGACCAAAGAAACAACUGGGAAACGUUUCAUCCAACGUUGAUAGCAGAAGCAUUAUUUGCCAUUGCUAACAUCUUCAGUUCCUUACGUCUGAUCAGUCUUUUCACUGCCAACUCGCAUUUAGGCCCCUUACAGAUUUCAUUGGGCCGCAUGCUUCUGGACAUCCUCAAGUUUCUGUUCAUCUACUGUCUUGUGCUUUUGGCCUUUGCCAAUGGUCUUCAUCAACUCUAUUUUUAUUAUAAAACAGAUGGUGUUAAUAACUGCACAGGGAUUCGCUGCCAAACUCAAAAUAAUGCCUUUUCAUCGUUGUUUGAAACCCUUCAGUCACUGUUCUGGUCUGUGUUUGGUCUGAUUGCUCUCCAUGUCACCAAUGUACAAGCAAACCAUACAUUUACCAAAUUUGUGGGCACUACUAUGUUUGGCACCUACAAUAUAAUCUCCCUGGUUGUACUUCUGAACAUGCUCAUUGCAAUGAUGAACAACUCCUACCAGCACAUUGCUGAUCAUGCAGACAUAGAGUGGAAAUUCGCAAGGACAAAGUUAUGGAUGAGCUAUUUUGAAGAAGGCGGGACUUUACCAUCCCCAUUCAAUAUCAUACCAAGCCCAAAAUCAGUGUAUUAUUUAUUAAAGUGGAUUCAAACAAAUUUGUUCAAGAAAUCCAGCAAAAAAUCCUUUGACUCAUUUGAGACUUUGGGGGUAAGGAGCAUUAUGCGAGCAGCAGAAAAUGUCAGACUAAACCAUGAAUAUCAGGAGGUUUUAAAGAACCUUGUGAAGCGCUAUGUUGCGGCAAUGAUUAGAGAUGCCAAAACUGAAGAAGGAUUGACAGAGGAAAACUUCAAGGAGCUGAAGCAAGAUAUCUCUAGCUUCCGCUAUGAAGUUUUGGGAAUGUUAAAAAGUAAGCCUCACUGUGGGGGGACAAGUCCAGUUGCAAGCACAACAUUGGCAUAUCCUGGAAAUUCCUUUAAAUAUUGUCGUAAACCUGCUGCCAAUGAACGUCAGAAAGAGCCAAGCAUGUUGGAUCCAAAAUCCCCGGUCGUCCUGCAGAGUAAAGCAGCAAAGACCACCAACUCUCCAUGCUCAAGUGAAAAAAGGAAUUGUUCUGUUGUUGUGUGGAGCACAGAAAAGACUGAGAGAGAAAUAUCCAAAAAGCAGUCAAACCCUGAAUCUGAGAAGCAAAUCUCCCUCCUAAAAUGUGAUGAACCAAGCUCCUUCUCUAGGGAACAAAACUGAGAUAGUCGGAGAGAAGAUGUUGAAGUCCCACAGAAAAGUGAACACACACAUUCAGGAAGUAAGGCUUUCUUGUACCAUACUUUCUAAUGAAGUGACAAAUGGUCCAAAGAAGGUGCAAAAAUAAAUCUACAACAAUGUAAAUAAUGUAUGCACAGAGGAAUGACAUUUGAGGCAAAUCUUUUCGUUUUAACAAUUGCUUACCUAAUCUUAAUAUUUUGAAGAUAGCCAGGCUCAAUUAACUGUAAAAAUACAGAAGGUAGAGUCUGUAGUUGGUUUAUACAAUGUUAUUUUUCUUUAUUCAUGAGUGACAAUAUUGCUCACUUAGUGCUCAGGAAUUGCACUGUUAACUUUUUCUAGCUCCUUUCAGCAGCUCACUCAAAACUGUUGAAAUAUGUCUGCCUUUCUUAUUAUACUCCUUUACUGAGCUAUCUUCUCACUUUAACAUAUAAAAUGCUGUCUCUAUCUAAAAAAAACUAAUAUCACACCUGAUAUUUUGUUAUUUUAGUUUAUAUAAUUAUGCAAGAAAUUCUGAAUAAUCUACAGCAGAUAAUUGGCUCAAAGUAUAUAAACCCAACUGUCUAAGCUAAUGACGAUUUUGAAAUGGAGAAGAACAUUUUGGGAUUUGUUUCAGGAAGUAUUUCCAAAAUAUUUGCUAUGUAAUCAGUGUUUUAUGUUGUGCAGGCAAAUGGCAUAAUAAAUAUAUUUCAUAUCUU